AUGGCCAUGCGGUCCGUGUCCAUGAAGAGGGUGAAGAAUGGCCCACUUGUCCGCAAGCCGAAGAACGUCCCAUACGCACGCCACGGGUCUUCGUCAGCCAGGUCACGUCUCGACCGAGAAGUAUGGUCACGGCGCUUGAAGGAUUUCGUGAACAUGACGACCAAACAGGUGAUUGACAACUUGAAGAAGGACAAGAUACUUCCUGAGUGGAAGGGCGCGAAGUGCCCCUACUGCAACCUCGGCAAGCUUGGCCCCUCGAAGAACUGCGGCAAAAAGUCGGGGGGGGGGGAACGCUUGGCGGACCAGGCGGCCGUGUUGUUCUGCGCCGUGGCCCAGUGCUCGCAGGCGUCCGCUCGCCUCCUGCUGAAGAACAACCACAAGGUGGCAGAGGGCAUCUACUCCGCGCUGCAUGCAGCCCGCGCUAAGUACGCGAACGCCCGCGAGAAGCACAUCGUCUUCGGCAAGGACCAGGGCGGCAACGAGCUCGAGCGGGCGGACGUGGGGGCGGACGAGGUCGACGUGGCGAAGGGGGAGGACCCGAACGCACGUCCCCGCUCGCAGAAGCCCAUCAUCUGGGAGCAGCGGGGCGGCAUAGUUCAUCGCGGAAACCCCAGGUCCUUGGUCCUCCUCAAGCUGAAGCCAGAGAAGGCCAAGCGCAGGGCGCCUGGCCCUGGUCCGAUACGGAAGAGGGACUGGGCACCCAAGGCGCCCAGGUGGCUGAAGCAUCGCCGCGUCGUCCUCCACGCGGACGGGGCGAGGUCGCGCAAGUUGAAGACCGACGGCGUCCUGCGCGAUUGGGCGGUGCACAAGAAGAAGAGGGUGAAGCUCGGUAGGACAUGGGCGCGGGUGAAGCCCGCCUUUACAAAGGUUCGCUACCACAACGUGCCAGACAAGAGCAAGCCUCGCGGGACGCAGCGCUUGUGGGUGAAGCGCGGCACCCGGCUGAUCAACCGCGCGCGGGGCGAGUUGCGCAGGGCGGUCGGCAAGGGCAAGGCGAAGGAGGUGAACUCCAUCAGUCUUCGCAACAAGGUAAGCAAGGGGCGUCGCUUUCACGUGCUCUCUGGCCCAUGCAAGGUGCGGUCAUCCCAGUGGGCGCACUGGCACCGCGGCUGCGACUUGUGGCUCGCCACUGGCCAGAUGCUCCGCGAG